CGACACAUCCUGAUAUCAAGAGCGACGCUUGUCCACCGUCCACCGAGCAAGCCAUAGAGCCUGUCUUCUCCGAUCUCGAGUUCUCAGGAAAGGCAACGAAGCACAUAAGGGGAAUGGCUUCCGCUACCCGGUCCGGAUGCCACCCACAUGGCGUGCCUGCGAGCACGUAGUGUACAGUGCAGCGUGUCAUAGGAAGCGGGACGUUCCAUAGAGACUGAAACCCGUCAUACCAUCUUCUCUCGUCAGCCGCAAGAUAGCAUCGAAGAAGAGAAAACGACUGGUCACCUUGCGAGACUGCAAGAGGCAAUUCAGGCGCAGGCCAUGUAUGGGAGGGAAAGGCCUCGCCGCGCCGGGAGAAUGUCCAUUUUGCAACAGCGGCAAGGCGCAAUCCAGGCAUCCUCGAGAUUUUUUGAUUCCGAUCUCGACCGAGCUCUCUGAGCAUGCAUCCCACUCACUGCUCACAUCUGAUAAGAGCCAGCUACCGAUACAAGUGCCCGUAUUCCACAGGUACCCCGUCUAAAAGGAAGCAACAGCAGACGGCCCCUCUUUGGGCGGCAAUAUAUCAACGUGCCCUUGGACCAAAUGCCGCUCGGGGGCUCGGAGCAGUGUAAACCUUAUCAACUGUCAAAUUGUUAAGAGCGGAGGC